GUUUAGGACACACCGGUGGGGCCUGAAGGGGCUUUGUGUAGCAACCUAAGCAGUUGAGAGUUCAACGGCAGAUUCUGGAAAUGCCGCCGAAAGGAAAAAGCGGUUCUGGAAAAGGGGGAAAAGGAAAAGCAGCCUCUGGGAGUGAGAGUUCUGAGAAGAAGGCUCAGGGUCCCAAAGGUGGUGGCAAUGCAGUAAAGGUUAGACACAUUCUGUGUGAAAAACAUGGAAAAAUCUUGGAAGCCAUGGAAAAGUUAAAGUCUGGAAUGAAAUUCAAUGAAGUGGCUGCACAAUAUAGUGAAGAUAAAGCCAGGCAAGGGGGUGACUUGGGUUGGAUGACCAGAGGGUCCAUGGUGGGACCAUUUCAAGAAGCAGCAUUCACCUUGCCUAUAAGUGUGCUGGAUAAGCCUGUGUUUACAGACCCUCCAGUAAAGACAAAAUUUGGGUAUCAUAUCAUAAUGGUGGAAGGGAGAAAAUAAAAUUGUAUGAAAGACUACAUAUGUU